AUGGAAGUCGUUUUCGAUUCUGAUGGCACUAUUACCAGUGAAGAUGAAUCAGAUAUUGAAACACAACAAGAAGGUGAAGAAUUGGUUGAUUUCGAACGUAUUCAAAAGCAAAAAGAGGACAAUGGUGAUAUAAUGACUAAAUAUGAACAAAAACAAUUACCAGUUGCAUCUAAAUUAAUCCUUGAAACAGAUCCACAUACCAAUAAUAUUAUUAUUGAAGUUGAUUUAAGGCUUGUUCAAUAUAUGAAACAACAUCAAAUCGAGGGUAUUCAAUUUCUUUGGAAUCAAGUAUUUAAAUCAACUAGUCAAAUUGCAGCUAGUAUUAAUCAAGAAACGAAUGAAGAUCGAGGAGGUUCAGGUGCUAUUUUAGCUCAUUGUAUGGGUUUAGGUAAAACAUUUACAACAAUAACACUAAUUCAUACAUUAUUUUGUUAUACGAAAUUAACUUAUAUUCAUCGAGCAUUAAUUCUUUGUCCAUUAAAUACAGCUAAUAAUUGGAAAAAUGAGUUUCAACAAUGGAUAGGUAAACUUGAACCACAUAUCAAUGUUUAUUUAUUUACUGCUGAUGAUAUAGCAAAAAAAGAUCGCCUUCAAUUUCUUUGUCAUUGGCAUGAAAAUGGUGGUAUUAUGAUAAUGGGUUAUGAAAUGUAUCGUUUAUUAACUAAUAAUGCAUCUGAUGCAAAAGUUAAAACUUCACGAAAAAAACAAAAAUUAACUAAAUACAGUGAUAGAAAAUGGAAAAAGAAGGCAAUGAAAACUAAAGUUGAACUAGCUGAUAUUAAAAGAUAUCAAAAAUAUCUCUGUUCACCCGGCCCAGAUUUAAUUGUUUGUGACGAAGGUCAUGUGCUUAAAAAUUCCAAGACCGCUAUUACUCGUAUGGUAAAUCAAGUACGAACAUUACGUCGAAUUGUAUUGACUGGUACACCAGUACAAAAUAAUUUAAAAGAAUAUUAUGCUAUGGUCAAUUUUUGUAAACCAAAUUAUCUUGGUAGUAAAGAUGACUUUGAUAAAAAUUUUCGAGAACCAAUCGAAGCUGGCCAACAUAAAGAUAGUUCACCAGAUAGCGUUGCAUAUAUGCGACGCCAAGCAUAUAUACUUAAUCAACGUUUAAAAACUAUUAUUCAUCGACGUGAUUUUGAUGUACUUCGUUCAUUUUUACCACCAAAAUUUGAAUAUGCUGUCAAAAUUAAAUGUAUGCCAUUACAAGAAGAACUCUAUCGAACAUAUUUAUCAAUUCAAAAUAUUAAUCCAACAUGUCGACUAAAUGUGGCUAAAUUGUUCAGUGACUAUCAAUAUUUGAUGAAAAUCUGGACACAUCCAUGGCUUCUCAAGCCACAUUUUAUUGAUGGUUAUUAUAAAAAGCGUAAAGAUCAAGAUCAAGUUGAAACUGAUCAAUUUUUCCAAGAUGAUUCAGAUGAUAUUGAAGAUGAUGAAGAAGGAUCACGAACUCAAAAACAUGCUAAACAAAGAUCAAAAAACAAGUUUACGCAAUCAAUUACCAGUUCUACUUCUCAAUCGACAAUUAGUGAAUAUUUCUUAACUAGUGAUGAUGAUGAUGAUUCAAUAGUUACUGAUCGAAUGGACGAAGUAAUGAAAGCAAUGAAAAAUGAAUGGUGGUAUGAUAUGUUCAAUGUAGAUCGAUCACAAUUUGAUAUUGAAAUUUCAGGUAAAUUUGAAUUAUUUCGAGUGAUUUUAAAUGAAUGUGAAUCAAUUGGUGAUAAAUUAUUGGUAUUUACUCGAAGUCUUCUUACACUUGAUUAUAUUGAACAAUGGCUUGAGCAUUGGAGUUCAAGAGCAUCAUCACCAAAAUGGAUUAAGGGCAUUGAUUAUUUUCGUGUGGAUGGAAAUGUUUCAAUAAAACAAAGAUCAACUUAUAUAAAAGCUUUUAAUGAACCUGAAAAUACUCAAGGUCGAUUAUUUCUUAUAUCUACAAUGGCUGGUGGAGUUGGUAUAAAUCUUUAUUCAGCUAAUCGUGUGAUUAUUUUUGAUGUUAGUUGGAAUCCAGCACAUGAUCUUCAGGCUAUGUUUCGUUCAUAUCGAUUGGGACAAAAGAAACCUGUCUAUGUAUAUCGUAUUAUUGGUAAGGGUACAAUGGAAGAAAAAAUUUAUAAACGUCAAAUUACUAAGCAAGCUAUGUCACAACGUGUAGUUGAUGCUAAACAACUUGAUCGACAUUUCACGUAUGAUGAACUUGCUCAACUUUAUCAAUUUGAACCAGAUAUUGGUAAUGAUCCAUUGGAUAAAUAUGAUGCUGAUAGAAUUAAAGAUAAAGUUUUAAGAAAAUUAAUGGAUGAAUGUAAGGAUUUAAUUGUAUCAUAUCGUGAACAUGAUUCACUUUUGAUUCAUCAUGAUGAAGAAAAUUUAACAGAGGAAGAACAAAAACAACUACAAAAUGAAGAUAAACGUUCCAAAUCACGAUUACAUGAUCGUAAUAGAGCACAAUCAUCAACCCCUUCAACUGAUGAUUCAGCCAUUCGAAACAUACCAAUACCCAGUCAAACACAAAAGUCUAAAACACGCUUGUAUCCAUGGGAAAUUUCUAAAAACUUACGUUUACCUGCAACAUAUGAUUCAAGUUAUCAUAUUCCAUCAAGAAACAUCUCAUUAGAAUCAUCAAAGAAUCCACAAUCUUCUACCAUCAGUAGUUUAACAACAGGAUCUAAAAUACAAUCAACAAUUACACCUUCGCUUUAUAUUAAUCCAAUAACACAUAUUCGUACCGGUUUACAUAACUAUAAACCAAAUGAAAUAAAAAGUAAAUUAACAUCAACGAAAUUCAAUCAUUUAUCUGGAAUUAAUAAUCGACCUUCAUUAAUGUCUACAGAAUGGUGUACUACGACCGAUAGAAAUAAUCAGCGACAUAAUAAUAAUGAUAAAUUUAAUACGGUGAAUACAUCAAGAAUGAAUUUACAAAGUACAGAUUCAUUUGUACAAAAAAGAAUUGCCACUCUUGCUAGUAAUAGCAGUAGUUCAUUUUCAUCGACAACAAAUACAUCAAAAUCAACGUUAACAAAACCCAAUGCAUCAUCAAAACUAACUGGAAAUGUACUCAAUAAUAAAGAAAAAUCAAUGUUAGUUAUAUCAGUUUUUAAUAAAGGUUUAGGCCAGUCAAUAACUGAUACUCGUCAAGUUAAAGCCUCACCAACAACUAAAGCAAUGAACUCAACAAAUUCUACAUUUAUCAUUAAAAAGACAUCUUCUCCAAUACAACUUAUUGAUUUAACAAAACCCACUAAUGCAAAUAAUGAUGCUAAAGAACGUGCAAUUAAUAUACUUAAACAACGUCUUGCUGAAAAACAUAUUACACCAAUUAAAGGUCAAUCAUUAGUAUCUAUGGAUACAACAUCUUCUCGUAAACGACUAUAUACUGAUUCAGAUUCAAAUCUCGUAUCAAAACGUCUCAAAAUAUCAAAUAAUAAUAAUAAUGAUUCAGUUGAUAAAAAACGUUUUACUGAUAUAAUGAAUAAGAAAUCAUCUUAUGAUGAUUUAUAUAGCCCAAUGACAUUGGAUGAAAUCUUUGAAUGUCAUAAGAAAAAAGAAAAUAUCGAAGAGAAACUUCUUCACAUCAUGGAACGCGAUAUAAAAGUGGUUAUUUGUCAAUUAUGUCAUUAUACAGCGUAUAAACAAUCAAUAUUAUGUAAACAGAGGCAACAUUCCGCGAAAGUGUAUGAACUAAAGCAAAAUUUUUUUGAAUGUAUUGAAUGCCAUAAACGCGUGUUUACUUCGUCACAAUAUCCAGUUGCAAAGUGUAGAAAUUGUCAUAGUUCUAAAGGUUUUCGUCGUACAGCACUAAUUCGUAAACGUCAUGGAGUAAAAUUUGAAGAUGAAAUUUUAUUAUUACGUAGUGAAGAAGAAAAUUUUCUUAAUUCAUUUAUGAGUUAUGAAAAACUAUCCAGUGUUAUCAAUUAA